UGAUUGCAAAUGCAACUGAAUUCAAAAAGUGCCCAUGAAAAAAAUUCAAUAUUGAUCUUAUAGUAAAAUAAACACGUUUCUAUCAUGAAGUAUGCUAUCUUUAAUAAGUCGGACAAAUAGGAUAGAUCUGCACAAUUACAACAUAAAUAUACCUCAUAAAAUACCUCUAGCCAUGUUACAUGGGCAAAAUUCAUCGGAAUAAACACCUGAUCAGAAUAAAGAUCUGUCAUGUAAACACACCAUUCAGAAUACUCUGCCCUGUUCAAACUUAUUCGGAUGAAAAUUUCUUUCCAAUAGAGACAGGUGGGUAAUGCUGUAUGUUGAUCUGAUCGUUGUGCAAUUUAGUCUGUUGUGGGUCACUACUGCACUGGUUUUCUGUUAUGCAUAGACAGUGUGGCGCUCCCGAGAAGGCUUUGGACCACAAACCAGUCGCUUGCUCCAUGCAAGCGAGGCAUGUUUAGCGUGUUUGCGGGCAGGGGAGGGUGCUUUGUUACGGUGUGGGUUCCAGAUGAGACUUCGGACCGCAGUCCAUCCGGCUGCUCUGCGUGAGCGAGCUGCCGAACUAGGGAGGACCAUGUCUCCCAGGAGAACUGUGUCUCCAUGGAGAUGAGCGGCUUUGGGACGGUGUGUGAGCUGGCUGAGGCGGCUAUUGAAUGGAGAAAUGCCACGCAGUCCUGAGAAACCGUGAAAACAAUCACGUGAAUUUGUGUUAACAAUCAUGUCCAGACAAAAUAAAGACUGAUGUAAUCCCCACAUAACAAUUUUUAUAGUAAUCGUUUAGAUUGCUGUUAAAUAUGUAACCAUAAAAUGUUUAGUUACAAUGUUACCACAGGAAUAGGUAAUUAGUAUUUCAUAAUGGAUUAGGGAGGAGUCUGAAUCAAGGACUAAGACCCCCCCCCCCCUUCCCCCAGUGAAAAGGUAAUAUAAAGAGCCUCAACAGAGAGAGAAGUUAAAUCCGGUCUGUCCCAAAGACCAGCAUGCAUCUCUUUGCUCUAAUUCUUGGUAUUUGGCUUCUACCAAAAGGUGACACGCUAACAUGUUUUGAAUGCACACAAAACAAUUCUCGUUGCGAUGCAAUACAAAGGGACUGUCCUUCAGAGAAUCAUCAAUGUGGUGUAUCCAGAGUCAUUGUCUAUGAAGGUGGAUCAAAAGUCCGAGACCUAAACGUGAAGGGUUGUGUUCUGAAUGAAGAAUGUGGUGAAGGUUCAGGCAAUUCUGGAUAUUUCAACAUUUCGGUUAACACCCUAUGCUGCAACUCCAACCUCUGCAACACACAGUCUGUCCCUGAACCGAGCAAAAAAACUCCAAAUGGGAGACAGUGCUUCACCUGUGAUGCUCCAGCAUGCAACAAAACUUUGGACUGUGUGGGGAACGAAGACUACUGCGGUUUUGGAACAGUUGAUGUAGGAGCAACAUACACCAUAAAUGGAUGCAUCUCGAAGAUUGACAAGCAGUAUCAAUAAGAGUAGUAGUACCGUUAAAACCUUAUACCUGAUACCCAUUCAUACCUAAAGGCCUUACAUGGUAUGACCCCAUCCUAUAACAAAGACCUCAUUGUGCCUUACCAUCCAAACAGAACACUUCGCUCAUGAAAUGCAGGACUGAUUGUGGUUCCUAGAAUUUGUAAAAGCACAUUUGGAGCCUUUAGCCACCAAGCCAUGUAUUGUCCCUCUUUCCCACUCCUCUCCCGGGGAGCGGGAUCGAUUCCAGACUCCAGAUGGCUCGUCCAUGCUCCUACACUUGACUGUGGAUCCUGCCUCCGGCUCGUCUCGCGCCCCCAGCCAUCCCCCUACUUCAUCUGGAUGAAGCUCAUUUGCUUGACUAU